AGUUCCACACAGCAGUUUUUCAGAACCCGUUGAUCGGGAAGCGUUGUACUUUUUUUUGCUAAUUCUUUUUUAAAGUGGUCCAUCAUGGUUAAAUUUUUCAUUGCCGGAAUCUUGGCUUUGGCUUUGAUUGCUAUCACUGAGGCGGCCUCUUUCGGUCAGUGCCCAGUGGCCUCAAAUGUGCAAACCUGUACCCCGAAGUGUUUGAGCGACGUCGAAUGUAGCACAAUCGGUGGCCAGUGCUGUCCGAAUGCGUGCAAUUAUAAGUCCUGCGUAAGCUCUGCCCAGUUGGCGCAAAUCGAGAAUAAGUAUCCAUCGGAAGGAACCGGAACUUAUUGCGGAAACGUCAAGUGUAACGCCUACGAAAAGUGCGAAUUGGACCGAGCCACCAAACGCCAAAAGUGUACUCGUUCUUGAAAAGGUUUAAUGGACAAAAUAAACAUAAAAAUAAACAAUAAAAUA